CCGCUCAUUCACAAGUACUGGCCUAUAUAAACGCAUUCAACGCGCCUACAGACAGAAGCUAGUCUCUGUAAAGUUAAAUAUUUUCGAAAAGGACCACAUCCACCGGAUACACUAAAGAAGACUAUAGGACCAAUUGAGACAUUCUUAAAACUUUUUUUUCCUUGUCUGUGUGAACUUGAACAUUUUUCUUCUUUAAACAAGAAAACAGGAACAAAGGACUCGCGCGGCUUCAAAGGUUGCUUUGUAGCAGUGGGAAAUAGUAUAUUGUUCUAUAACAACUUAAAUUUUAGCCUAUAUCCCUACCAUAAUUUUUGUAUGUAUUUGGAUUUAACAAUUAUAAAUCGCUGUACUACUAUGGUCAUCAUGGAGGUUCCCACCAUCGACUGUGAGUCCCUCCGUGGUCUGCUGGAGGGCGACGUCCCGGGCUGCCUGGUACUGGACUGUCGCUCCUUCCUGUCUUUUAACUCGUCUCAUAUAUCGGGCUCCACUAACGUACGCUUCAGCACCAUAGUCCGCAGAAGAGCCAGGGGUGGACUAGGACUCGAGCACAUCGUCCCCAACGAGGACACGAGGAACCGGCUCUUGUCCGGGGAGUACCAGUCCGUGGUACUGCUUGACGACCGGAGUUUGGAUUUAAGCCAGGUGAAGAAGGACGGGACGUUGAUGCUGGCUGUUACAGCCCUUUGUCGCGACCCCUGUGGAGUUAGUGUUUUUAUUCUCCAAGGUGGAUUUGACACUUUUGCCUCAGAGUAUCCAGAGAUGUGUACCAAGCCCUCCCCCCCACAAGGGCUGAGUUUGCCACUAAGCUCCAGACAGCCUGGGAGUGCUGAUCCAAACUGCAGUCCAUGCAAUACACCCUUAUAUGACCAGGGGGGUCCUGUGGAGAUCCUGCCAUUCCUGUACCUCGGCAGUGCUUACCAUGCUUCCAGGAAAGAUAUGCUGGACAUGCUGGGGAUCACUGCUCUUAUCAAUGUCUCUGCUAACUGCCCCAAUCACUUUGAAGACUCCUUCCUCUACAAGAGCAUCCCAGUUGAGGACAACCACAAAGCUGAUAUCAGCUCCUGGUUCAACGAAGCAAUUGAGUUUAUUGACUCUGUGAGAAAUAAAGGAGGCCGUGUGUUUGUGCACUGUCAAGCAGGCAUCUCCCGUUCUGCCACCAUUUGUCUUGCCUACCUCAUGCGCACCAACCGUGUGAAGCUGGAUGAGGCGUUUGAGUUUGUUAAGCAGCGCCGCAGCAUCAUUUCCCCCAACUUCAGCUUCAUGGGUCAGCUCCUCCAGUUCGAGUCCCAGGUGCUGGCCUCUUCUACUUGCUCCUCAGAGGCAGGUAGUCCUGCUAUCAGCAACAACACCACAGUCUUCAAUUUCCCCGUCUCCAUCCCAGUGCACUCAUCAGCUGGUCAGCUCUCAUUCCUCCACAGUCCCAUCACCACCUCUCCCAGCUGCUGAGGAAGGCGUGAGCUGCACAUACUCUGGACUUGAACUUAAAGUGGCUCUGGACAGAGCACUUCACAAAACACGACCUUGAUCAUAAUCCUUUUUGUCCAUUUACGGUGAUGCUGGUAUCACUGGGCAAAAUGGGUCAUAUUUAUGUGCGGCCAGUUCACCUGACUCUGCUGGCCAGUUUUGUUUUUUUUUUUUUUCUUUGUAAGUUGGUGUCAUUAUUUCAAAGAGAGAUUUGAUAUCUACCACCAGGCAGUAUUGUUGUUUAACUUCCUUGUUGUGAAAGUCAUCCGCAUUUUUAACCCUGAAGGACUUGAGAGAUGGCUGAAAAAGAUAGUUAGUCCUGUAAAGGAAAUUAUCUGAGUUUUCUUUAUUUAAAGGAAUGAUUUAAUUUUGAUAAAGACAACUGCUUUUGAUAAUCACAAUCAUUUUAAACAGAGAGGGCUAACAGUUGUCUCAGGAAUAUUGACUUAACCUCUCAAAUGUCAAUUUUAGGCAGUGUAAACCUAUUGCUCAACAUGGCAUGGAAGUUGUUUCAUCAUGUGAAACAUGAUAAAUGAAUGUAUCCCCCUUUCUUCAGUAGCCUAUGGCAGAAAUCUUCCUGUUUAGUUGUAGAAUUGAAUAGGUUUUAAAUCAAAGUUUCUUGCCUUUCAAGACAUCUCUGAUGAUCCUUUCAUGCUGAGGAACCCAACCAUAAAAUACCUCAUGUUUCUGUACUGUGUACUGCAGCACUGAGACAGAACGAACCCCAAAAACUACUAAAAAUGGGGCCAAGGUGCCUUUUGUGUCUGCAUUCUGACAUAUUUAUUAACUAAAGUAAUAUAUUAUAUCUAUUUUUACAAAACUGUGUUUUUCAAUGUUGUUUUUAUACGUCUGAAUAAAACUCAUUUGACUUUU